AUGGCCGCGAAGUCGGAUGGAGCCGGGGCGGCCUCGGCCGUGCGCAUGGAGGGCGCGGAGGGCGGCGGCGCGGGCUCGCUGGCGGGCGGGUCCCGCCGAGGGGGCGGCGGGGGCGCGGGGCCCGGGCCCGGCAGCCCCUUGGCGGCCGCCCCGCCGGCGCCCCGCGCCUACAGCCUGCUGGACUGCUGCUGGGUGCUGUGCGCCCUGCUCGUCUUCUUCUCGGACGGGGCCAGCGACCUGUGGCUGGCGGCCGAUUACUACCUGCGGCGCCAGUUCUGGUGGUUCGGGCUCACGCUGCUCUUCGUGCUGCUGCCCUCGCUCGUGGUGCAGCUGCUCAGCUUCAGGUGGUUCGUCUACGACUACGCGGCGCCCCGAGCCCCCGGGCCGGCCGCGGCCCCGGCCCCCGCCGCCGGCACCAAGGACAGCGGCUGCACCAAGGACAGCGGCCGGCCCGGCUCCGCGCUCCUCUCGCCGCCCCCCGCCCGCGCCCCGGCCCCGGCCCCGGCCCCCGGCGCCUCCCGGACCCGGGGCUGCUGCCGCCUCUGCGUCUGGAUCCUGCAGUCCCUCAUCCACCUCCUGCAGCUGGGACAGGUCUGGAGGUACCUCCGGACCCUGUACCUCGGCCUCCAGAGCCGCUGGCAGUCAGAGCACAGGCAGCGCCACUUCUACUGGAGGAUGAUGUUUGAGAGCGCGGACAUCAGCAUGCUGCGGCUGCUGGAGACCUUCCUGAAGAGCGCCCCCCAGCUGGUGCUGCAGCUGAGCAUCAUGGUGCAGCAGAACAACAUCGAGCCUCUGCAGGGUCUCUCGGCCUCGGCCUCCCUGGUGUCCCUGGCGUGGAUGAUUGCCUCCUACCAGAAGGUGCUGCGGGACUCGCGGGAGGACAAGAUGCCCAUGUCCUACAAGGGGGCAGUGGUGCAGAUCCUGUGGCACCUGUUCACCAUCGCUGCCCGCGCCAUUGCCUUCGCCCUCUUCGCCUCUGUGUUCCAGCUCUACUUUGGCAUCUUCAUCGUCACGCACUGGUGCAUCAUGACCUUCUGGAUCAUCCAGGGGGAGACGGACUUCUGCAUGUCCAAGUGGGAGGAGAUCAUCUACAACAUGGUGGUGGGUAUCAUCUACAUCUUCUGCUGGUUCAACGUGAAGGAGGGCCGGAGCCGCGGCCGCAUGGCCAUCUACUACACCAUCACGCUGGCAGAGAACGCGGCCCUCACCGGGCUCUGGUACAUGUACUACGACCGCCAGGCCACCUCAGACUUCGACGCCUUAAUCCUUGUCUGUGUGGUCUCCUCCAGCUUCGCCCUGGGCAUCUUCUUCAUGUUCAUCUACUACUGCCUCUUGCACCCCAACGGGCCCGUGUUUGGCCCCCAGACCACAGGCUGCAUUUUCAAAAAGGCGCCGGCCGCCUGCGUGGGGCCCCCAGAGGACGUUAUCACCAGCCCCCCGCGCUCCCUGCCACGGACUACAGGGGGGGAGAGGGAAGGGGUGCCAGGGGACAGGGACAGCUGCGUGCCUGUUUUUCAGGUCAGGCCAAGCGUCCCCCCGACCCCUGUUGCCCGCGCCCCCCGGACAGAAGGGCCCGUCAUCCGAAUAGAUCUGCCCAGGAAGAAGUACCCAGCCUGGGACGCCCAUUUUAUUGACAGGCGGCUCCGUAAGACGAUCCUAGCGCUGGAGUAUUCGUCUCCGGCUACCCCCCGCCUGCAGUACCGCAGCAUGGGGGCCUCGCAGGAGGUGCUGGAGUAUGAGACCACGGUGUAGGCCAGCGCGGGAGCCAUGUAACUGCCUAGCAUGCCCCCCGCCAUGGGGCUGACCCGCUGGUGCAUUUCCAGAGCCCACUGGCCAACAGCCACGCCCGGCCUUCCGCUGCCCUGGGAAGUGGCUGUCCAGUAUCUUCUUAGCAUUUUGCCUUUUGUGUUCAUUAGCACUGAUGGCCCCCACCUCCCCGCUCUACCCCCCAUCCAGAGGGGUUGGCGAGGUCAGCUGGUGCUACCCCCUGCUCUGCCUUGACGAGCUCUCCCUCUAGCGAUGCCAUGGCAAAGUUUUCCUCCCUGGGCCCCAGUUGCCUCCCUGGCAACCCCACAAAUGGGCCCAGAGGAGUCCAUCCUCCCCUCCAGGCAGGAGGCUUUGUUGGUGCUGAAAUACCUCACCUGUACCUGAGCUCAAACAGCCCGGAGCUGCCCCAUGGCGUGGCCUCUAGCCACCAGCAAAGGGGCAGGGCACCUGGUUUGCACAGGGCCCGGCUGGAGAGGGUGGGGAGCAGCUUUCCUGCUGGGGUGAGGACUGGCUGGAGCAGGGCAGCAGGGUGCGUGAGGGGGGGAGGAAUCGGGGCAGGCUGAGUGCCCUGGAUACAGAAAUGCACUGCAAACCCCUGCUGCUUUGGGCACAGGGGGGCUCUGGGAAUUGGGCCCGAGACGUGCAGAGCUCGGGGGGGAAAGGGGGGGCCCUGGUUGCUGGAACACACACUGGGUGCUGGGGUGUGCCGAGGGUGCUGGGGUAAGGUGGAGCGUGGCAGUUGAUCACAGGCACAAUCCUUUAUCGUUCCUGUAUAAAGUCUGUUCCCGCAAUUCCCUGGGCCUUGAAAUUGGGGAAUGGCCUUGGGCCCUCUCCCACACACACCCUGAGACACCUGCCAGUCCGUGGGGGCAGAUGCACUUCGGCCUCUGAGUAAAGGGGCCAUAGGAAGGUUAAUAAUCCCAGCGUCCCAUGGGGUGAGCGUGGCAGGGGAUUCUCCCUAGAGUGUUGGGGUCACGACGGAGAGAGCCCGUGGGAUCCCAAGGAGCACGUCGGCGAAGCUGGGCCGGCAGAAGCUGGAGACAACACAGAGAGAAAGCUGGAGCAGAAUGAGGUGUUUGCUUGAGGCCAGGCCAGGCCAAGCCAGGGCCAACGGCCCUAGCAGGAUAAACGUCCGAUUCGUACCAGUGCCAAUGGCCAAACUCCCUGGGCCUUCAGUGGGAGCGGCUGAGGGCAGUGUCGUCACCAUGCAAGAGCCCCAAGGCUGCAGCCAUGCCAGGCACCAUCACACCCCCAGCGUUUGCCACUCUGCAGUGCCGGCUGUGCCAUUCCAUCUCCCGUGCAAGGGACGCAGAGGGGCCGGGCUUGAUUCCGGGGCCUUGGGUGGUAAAUGCUGCGUCUGCAGGGGCUGGGUGGGCCCUGUU